AUGGCGUUCACGUGUCCAUCGAUAGGAUCAGUGUACGAGACCAGUACCGAGAGUACGUGUUUCUGGUACUUACCUGGGUACCCAAGCACUUCUGCCGCUCAUGACACAUGUGUUAACGCUGGAGGACGGCUGGCCUAUAUACCCGACAGUGCAACCAAUGACUUUGUCGCUUCCUAUCUUAUGUCAGUGUCGUACCCUGGAUCUCCCUCUAUCAACGUUAAAAAUUACUACAUUAGCGGUGAAUAUGUUUACGAGACGAUCGAAGGGGAUUCACUGACCUACACCAACUGGGCAGGAGGGAACCCUAUACCUGGAGAGGAGUGUGUUGCUUUCACACCGAGCAAUGGCAAAUGGUUUGACAUCUCAUGUGGUCAAACCUAUGGAGGUAUUUGUUCUCACACCAGUCCGAAAGAUCCGACGGAGAAGCAGAGUCUGUACCAGGUAGUCGUCAGCUCUAGACUAGACGUCACCCCCAUGACAACUGUCGUGGUGCGAAGUCGUUCGGAAUGCGCAAUCUUGUGUGAAAGCACCAACUCCUGCGUCGCCUUCAAUUAUAGAGCAGACAUUCAAACCUGCGAAGUCCUGAGUGACAACCAUAUCACCUCACCCACCUCUCAGGUCUGGAGUAGUACUUACGAAUACGUCUACAACACAGAUGUGGUGUAA